AUGGCAUUGCGCACUCGCCUGGCACGCAAAGUCCACUUCCGCCCCCUACCUCCCUCGGCCGCGUCGCGUCGCUUCCGCCCACUCGCACGUCUCCCACCCUCACCAGAGUCACCACCCGCAGCGCCCUUUUCAACGAGCCGGUAUUCGCGCCAGGCCCCGGACCGUGCCAGCAUGGCCGCCUCGCAGUUGACGCAAGCGCCGUACACGACCGCGUUCGCCCUAUUCGAGGCGCUCUGGGAAGCCGGCAUCACGGCAUGUUUUGUCAACGUCGGGUCCGACCACCCGUCGGUCCUGGAAGCCAUCGUCAAGGGCAAGCGGGAACGGCCCAACGCGUGGCCGCGCAUCAUCACAUGCCCGGCUGAGAUGACGGCGAUUUCCAUGGCGGACGGGUACGCGCGCGUAUCGGGUCGGCCGCAAGCCGUGCUGGUGCACGUCGACGUCGGGACGCAAGCCCUCGGGCACGGCGUGCACAACGCCAGCGUCGGCCGCGUGCCCGUCUUCAUCUUUGCCGGCAUGUGCCCCUACACCGAGGCCGGCGAGCUGACGGGCUCGCGCACCGAGUACAUGCACUGGCUGCAGGAGGCGCCGGACCAAAAGGCCAUUGUGCGCCAGUACUGCCGGUACACGGGCGAGGUGCGCACGGGGCUCAACGUCAAGCAGACGGUCGGGCGCGCGCUGCAGUUCGCCAGCAGCGCGCCCAAGGGCCCCGUCUACGUGGCCGGCGCGCGCGAGGUGCUCGCCCAGGAGGUGCAGCCGUACUCGCUGGACCAGGCGCAGUGGGUGCCCGUCGGGCCCGGUGCGCUGCCGGAAGACGCCGUCGCCGCCAUUGCCCGCGCCCUCGUGCAGGCGCGCCGCCCGCUCGUCGUCACCGGAUACUCGGGCCGGGACCGCCGCUGCCCGGGCCUCCUGGUCGCCCUGGCCGACCUGGUCCCCGGCAUAAGGGUCCACGACACCGGCGGCAGCGACGUGUGCUUUCCCUUUGAGCACCCCGCCUCCGAGGGCUUCCGCCUCGCCUUCGACGAGUGCACCCGCGACACCGACCUGGUCUUCCUGCUUGACUGCGACGUGCCCUGGAUUCCGGCCCGGAACCCGCCCCCCGACGACGCCACCAUCUACCACGUCGACUGCGACCCGCUCAACCAGCAGAUUCCCGUCUCCUUCUUCCCCGCCCACGGGCGCUGGAAGGCCGACAGCUUCACCGCACUCAGCCAGCUUGUCGAGUAUAUCAAAAACGACGCCGCGCUGGCCAAGCAGCUCCAAGACCCCGAGUACGCUGCCCGCGGCGCGGCCCGCGAAAAGGUCCACGCCUCUCGGCUGGCGGAAAUCGCGGCCCAGGCUCGUCUCGGCGACGACGAGCCCCUGAAUGCCGCCAACAUUGGCAGCCUUCUCAAGACGGCGCUCCCCGAGUCGACGACGUUUGUGAUUGAGGCCGUCACCGCUGCCCAGACGCUGUCCGACCAGCUGCAGCCCAGCCGGCCCGGGAGCUGGAUCAACUGCGGCGCGACGGGCAUCGGCUGGAGCAACGGGGCCGCCCUCGGCGUCAAGAUGGCCCUGACGGACCUGGAAAGCGACCAGGCCCGCCAGCACAGUCUUGUUUGCCAGGUCGUCGGCGACGGGAGCUUCAUGUGCGCGGCGCCCUCGAGCGCGCUGUGGGUUGCGAGCAAAUACGAGAUUCCUGUGCUGACGAUUGUGUUGAACAACGGAGGCUGGAAGGCGCCUCGCAACUCGGCGCAACUCGUCUACCCCGACGGCCUUGCUGCCGGCGCUACUGAUGACGAGAUUAACAUUUCCUUUUGCCCGACGCCAAACUAUGCCGCUUUGGCGGAAGCGGCGGCCGGGUCGGGGGCUGGUGGGGGGGGUUUGGCUGACGACGACGGAGCCUGGAUGAGGGGUGUCCGAGUGAAGACGGUCGCGGACCUGAAAAGGGCCCUCGAGAUGGUGGAAUCGCGCGUGAUUCAGCAGCGUAAAGGCAUGCUGCUCGAGGUUAUGCUGUAG